AUGGAUUGCCAAGAAGAAUUCAAAACUACUAGUAUUUUAUAAUUAUCAAAAAUUAAGAUGCAAAUAUAUCUACUUAGUUAGGAAGAGUAAGAUAAAAAAAUAUACUAUUUAAAAAAAGCAUUGGAGGAACUUCAAGAAAUAAAUUCAUAGAAUUAACCAAUAGAGGAUAUAAAGCCAUCGUCUCCCAAUGAUGAACAUUUGAAAUAACAAGUUAUUUUUGAUUUAGGACCUUUGAAUAACUUGGAUGAGUUGAUAACAAAAUCAAAAAAGAUAAAAAAAAUAAUUAGUUAAAAUCUAGGCAAAAUAACUUCUCAGACUUUAUAAAACAACUUAAAUUUGUUUAAUGAAAUAGAUGAUAGCUAAAGAAAAAAUUUCAAAUAAUCGAUUAUUAAUUUACGAAAAUAAACGUUAAAAUUUUUGAAAAUGAUUCAAAACGAGUUAAUAUUUUUUGAUGACAAAUUUUUAAAAAAGUGUAAAGAACAAACUAAUGAUUAAAAAAUUCCUAAAUUGCUACAUAUAUUUACCUUUGAUUUCCUAAAUCUUUUAGAUUAAGGAAUAGUACAUUAAGUAGGAAAAGUAGAUAUAGUAUAAAAUAUUAUUGCAGAAUUAAAAAAUGAUAUGAAAAUAGAUUAAGAGGAAAAUAUUUUUGAUAUAUUUUCAGAUUCAUCCUAUAAAGUUCGAGAACUAGUUGUAUUCAAUUUAAUUAAGAUACAAUCAAUCAUUUAAGAAUAGUCAAUAUAAGAGUUUUGUGAAGAUUUAUUGAAAUAAAUCUGGAUAAUUGAAAAGCAUCCAAAUGUUAGAAACCUUCUAAAAAACGAAGAAAUGAUAAAAAUGCAGAAAAGAUUAUUUUCUCAUGAUCUGCAAAAUUUCUUUCUGAAAAUAAAUUUAGAGAUGCAAAAAAAAUUUGAAAAGAUUAAACAUCUUUAAACUUAAGUUCUAGUAAGUGACAACUAACUUGAAAUAAAAAAAUCACUAUAACAGGAGUAUGAUGCUUUUGAGGUAUAUUUGGAUAACAUAACAGAUAUGUCAUAAAGAUUAGAUAUUAGUUUAAUUUUUUUAAGGGAAAUUAGUAAGGAUUUGAAAAAUAUCAAAUUAUCCAUAGAUUCAAUAUUAACAAGUGUAAAAGGAGUUGAGAAUGACAUAAGAAGAUUAAGAAGUAGAAAUUUUAUGGAAUUAUUAAUCAUUCGAAAAGAGAAGGUUUUAAAUUAAAAGCAAGAAAAUGAAUUAGAUUAAAUUCACAUUGAAAUUCAAACUUAAGAAUAUGACCCUAUUUCUGGGAAUAAGAAACAAAACAAUAGCGGAGAAUUUGUAACCUCUUUGAUGAAAUUUGAAGAUAAUAAUAAUUAUGAUGGAGAAGUUAAUGAAUUUUUGUGGAGUGAAGAUGAAAAGCAAAAAGAUGUUAUGUUAAUUAAAGGAAAAGCAGGUUCAGGAAAAAGUAGAGCUUCACGUAACAUUGAAGAAUUUAUUUGGAUUUAUAAUUCAAAAUCACCAUAUUGGACUCCAAUAUAUGUGUCACUUCCUUCAAUAAAAGAGCCUAAUCAAAAUUUAAUUGAAAAGGCUCUUAAUUCUCAAAAUUACAACUUUGAUAACACUUAAAUAAGAGAAUUUAAAGAUGCAGUCAAAAAUGGAAAAUUAAGUAUUGUGAUUAUACUUGAAAGCUACGAUGAGAUGAAAAUUGAUUUGAUUGGAACAAAUUUAUAUAAUACAAAUCGAUUAGAUUAUGAUCUAAACCUUUAAGCCUAAGUAAAAGUAAAAUUUAUAAUCACAACAAGAGAAGAAAUACUAAACUCUAUAGGAUAUUAAACGUGGUUUUAUGGUUCAAAUUUAUAAAAUUUUAAAGAGGUAGAAAUAUUACCUUUUAGUGAAGAACAGAGUGCUUAGUAUCUUGAAAAAUACGCUAAAAUUAGCGUUAAAAGAGCAAUUAAGAAGUUUUAUGAAUUUCUCAAGCAAUUAAUGGGUUAAAACUUUUAAUUAAAUGAGUUUAUGGAAAUUUGGAGUCAAAUAGAAAAUACAAUUAAUUCGAUUAUAUAAUAAAGAUAAAAAUCUGAUAUAAUGUUUUUAAAUUCAGAUAUUGAAAAAAUAAUAAAAGCGAUUGAGAAUGUUAAGCUUUUUAGUUUUAUUUCAUCUAAUUAAAUAUUAUCUCUAAAAUAAGAACUACUUUAAUUAUGGGGAGAAAAUAAAUAUUUAUCAGUAAUCAACAAUUUAGAUAUAAGAAAUCUAUUGUGUACUCCAUUUAUGAUGGAAAUAAUUGUUUAUGUGUUACCUGAAACGUAUUCACUUCUCUCUAAAGCGAGCAGAAUUAGAGAAUUACUGAAAAAAAAUUAUAUGUUUUUGAAAAUGGAAGCUAAAACCUCAGAGGCAAAUAUGGAAAUUUAUUCAAAAUUGAGAAAAAAUAAUUUUUAAUUUGUGGCAAAGGAAGAUGAAAUAAACAUCAGUAAAGAAAUAGUUUAAUAAUUUGAUUAAAUUUUAAAAAGUUUAGAAAAUGAAAAGUUUUUUGAAUAAUUAUCAAUGGCUGGUUCUUUAUAAUAUGUAAACAAUACUACAAUUUUAUCAAAUAAAUACUUCACAGUCGAUUUUGACGCCAAUUUUAUUGUUUCAGCUUUCAAGCUCCAUAAAUAUACGGCAUUUGAAUUUUAUGAAAUCUUUGUGAAUUUCUAUCACACUUAACAACUGUAAAAAUUGAAAGCUUUGGGUUAAAGUAUUAAAGAAGAAACUAUGAUUAAAGAUUUACAAGAUUUUUCAAUAUUUUUGGCAAUUGAGAUGUCUAUGAAUUAACUUACAUAAGUAAAUUAUCAGUAAAAAGGAAAAUUACAUAUUGUUUAAGUCUAGUUAGAGAGGAAGGUUGAAGUCUCUUGGGAGGAUUUAUGUUUUAGUGAAAAUUAAGAUGAUUUCGAGUACAAAACACAAUUACGAAAGUGUAUGUUGAUUAAUUCUAAAGGUAGUGUAUAUGCAUUCAAUCAUAAAUCUAUCUAAGAGUAUUUUGUAGCCAAAUAUAUCGUAAAUUUAAUAGAGAAAAUCAUUCCCAAAGAAAAUCAAACAUUUGAUGAAAAUUUCUUAAAAAAAAGCAGUUUUAACAAAAGUUUAUUUAAUUUAUCAUUGGAGCAUUAUUCUGGGACAAUAGAGUUGUUAAAACCUAAAAUUAAAUAGAUUGAAGAUAUAAAGAAUAAAUUAAUUAAAAUAGCAUUAUUAUCUAGAAAAGAUUCUAAACAUAAUCUUAUUAGAUCAGCUUCAAAUUUAAUUUAUAUUCUAGGUGCUUUAAGAGAACAUUUUCAUAAUAUUGAUCUAAGUAAUUUAAAUAUAGAAGAUACUAAAUUGGAUGGAAUAAGUUUUUAUAAAUGCAACUUGAGCAACUCUUUAUUUAAUUAUGUAUCUAUAGAUUCUUGUAAUUUUAAUUACGCAACAAUAGAGCAUGCUACUUGGAAAAAAUUGAUUUGCAAAGAAAAACCAUCAAUAAAAACUCAUAAUAAAACUCUUCAAUAAGCUGUUUUUAGCGAAGAUGGAAAAUUUUUAAUAUCAGGAAGUUAAGAUGGAGUUAUUAUUAAAUCAGAGUUGUCAGCCGAUUCAGAACCUAAAAAUGCAAAGCUACCAAAUGAUGAGUUAUUAAAAAAAUUAUCAAUAGGGAAAAAUUGGCUGGCUUGUCUUUCUUAGCAGUUUUUAUACAUAUAUAAUUUAAUUGAUUUAAAAGAAUCACAAAGGUAUCCAAAAAAAAGUGAAUAUUUUAAAGAUAUUGAAGACAUUAGGUUAUCCCCAAAUGAUAAAUAUUUGGCUUUAUUAUUAAAAAAUGGUAAAAUAAUCUUUUUGUAAGUAGAAAAUUUACUAAAAUAAUAAAAAUAACCAAAAUAUUAGACAACACAAGAAACCAUUAAUUGUAUAGCAAUUUCUUCAAAUUCUCAGCUUUUAGCCACAGGUGGUAAUCAAAUACUAAUUUGGAAAUAUACUAAUAUUCCAAAAAUUCAAUGUAUUUCACAGCUUCCAAAAUAAGAGCAUCCAAUACUUGCUAUUGCAUUUUCAUAUGAUAAUUAGGUAUUAGCUGUAGCAAGUGAUAAUAAGAAGUUAGAAUUUUUUAAUAUUUCAAAUCUUUCUCAAGUUAGAUUAUAAUAUACUUUUGACUAACAAUAAAAGAUAUAAUAAAUAGCUUAUUCAAAUAAAGGAGAGCUAUUUGCAUCUAGAUCACUCUCUUCAAUAGACUUAUAUGAGGUUUAAAAGUUACAUGAUCAAUAAAACUUAUUUAAAAUAAAUUCUAAACUUCAAGUAGAUUUAAUUGAAAUCUCUUCUGAUAGUUAAAUUUUGGCUACUAGUCAUCAAUAAAUUCUCCAAUCUGAUAAUCCUAAAAUUAUAAUAUGGGACAUUAAAAGCUUGUAGUAAAUUAAGUAAAUAAAAGUUUUUUUAAGUAAACAUUAAAAAAAUAUCUCAGCUUUAAAAAUUAGAAAAGAUAAUAAAGUUUUAGCUUCAGGUAGCUUAGACCAUUCAAUUUGUCUUUGGAAUUUAAAAACACUAUUAUUAUUUGUGAAAUUAACAGAUCAUUAAGAUCAAGUUUUAGAUCUAGCAUUUUCAUCAGAUGGAAAUCAAAUGGUCUCUUCCAGUAAAGAUGAGCAUUUAAUUUUUUGGAGUAUCACCAACAAACGUAAACCAAAUAUUUUAUAGAAUUUAUAACCACACUUAGAAGCUAAAAAGUUGAUUUUUUGUCCAAAUAAGCCACUUUUAGUGCCAAUCUGUGGUUCUUCUUCGGAUGAAAUCUACUAAUGGAAUUCUUCUAAAAUUGAAAUAAUUAAAAACUUAAAAUAGGAAACAUCAUUUAUAGACAUAAAUUUUAAUGAGAAUGGAGACAUUAUGGUAACCUUAAAUUAAGAUAGAUUUCUUAGAAUUUGGAAAACAAAUGAAAAUUUUUUUGAGGUUAAUAAAAAAAUCCUGAUUGAUGAAAACGAAAUAUUGCAUAAAGCGUAUUGUUUAAAUGAUUAAGAUUUUAUUGCUCAUAUUGGAUAGAGUGUAUAUCAAUUAAAAAUACAGGAUGAAAAAAUUUUAGAAAAAAGUAGUUUGCACACUUCAGACAGAAGUUAUUGCAAUUUAGUUUCGAACAAUAAAAUUAUUGCUAUGAAAGAUUCUUAAGAUCCUACUAGAAUUCAGAUGAUAGUUAUAAAAAAUCAAUACAGUUAAUGUAUGAGCUACUAUGAAAAGGAAAAUUAGAUUAAAGACUUUUAAUUUUCGUCAGAUACUUUACUUUUAGCCGUUGCAACAGCAAAGGGAGCAUUUAUUAUAGAUAUUAAAAAAAAUUAAACAUUGCACAAAUUUUAAUUGGAAUAAUGUUGUUUCUUAAUUUGUUUUUUUGGGUAAGAAAAGUUAUCAAUUUUAGUAGAUGGAGAACUAGUUUUAUAUGAAGGCUUUGACUCAGUAGCAAAAAAAAUCCCUAUCAUCUAAUCAUCUCCUUUGAAACUGGUUUAUUUAGAUCAAAAAUAAGAGAUUUGUAUUUAUAGUUAGAAUAGCAUUACAUUGAUAAACUUACAAGAAUUAUAAUAAAUUAACUUAAUAUAAUUAGAUGAAGAUGUAAGAUCAAGAGAUUUAAUUUUUGCCUCAAAUUAGGUGGUUAUCGCAGUAGGACAGCGUGUAUAAUUUAUCUCACUUUCAAAUACUAUUACAAUGGUAUUACUACCCUAAUCAUAUGAUUCAAAGAAAGAUCAUGAAUACUUAUAUACAAACUUUUAAUUAGACAGUAAUAUUUUCUCAGUAUUAAACGAUGAUUUACUGUAUUAUUAAUUUGAUAUUAGUUCUACUAAGAGACUAAAAGAAAUUGAUUUGAAAGAGUUUGGUAAUAGCCCCCUCACAUUAAAUAAUUAACAAACUUUGCUAAUUGUCAGUAAGGAAGAAAUAAAAUAAACGAUAUUGCUAAUUGAUAUGGAAACCAAAAAAACAGUGACUUGUUUAGAAGAGAUAUAUGACAAUAAAUUCAAGUGUCUAAAUAUUGUUUUUUCUUAAGAUGGAUAUAACUUUGUUACAAGUUAUUCAGACUUAAGAAUUAAAUUUUGGGAUACUAAAUCUUACAAAUUGCUCUCUACAUUUAAAACCAAUACAAAUUAAAUCUAAAUCCUUAAAAUUUCAAUAAAAGGAAUAUUAGCUUAAACAAGUGAUGAUGUCAUAAAGUUAUGGGAUUUAAAUGCCUUAAAACAAUAAUAAUUAGAAUUAGAUGGUCACUCUUCUUCAGUUAGAGAGAUCUGUAUUUCUUCAGAUGGUCUCUAAUUAGUAACAGGAUCUGAAGAAGAAAUCAUUAGAUGGGAUUUGAUAGAAUUAAAAAAGCUUGAUAUAUUAAUUAAGGGUAAACGUCUUCCAUCUAAAUUUUGCUUCUCGCCUAAUAGUCAAUAUUUUAUUGCUCAAGCUGAAGAAUCAAUUCAUAUAUGGAAAUUUAACACAAAAUACAUAAUUUAAUUUCACAAGAUAUAUUGGUGUGAGCCUGGUUUGGAACAAAAAUUGGAAGUAAAUUAUAAAUAGAUUUAAUAACAAAUUUAAUCUGAUUUAAAGAAUCAAAAACGAGAAAUUAUUCUUUCAACAAAUCUGCUAAUAAAAACUAAUCCAUUAGAGAUAUUUCAUAUAAAUGAUAGAUUAGAAUUAAAUAAUGAAUAAAUAGUUGGAAUUUCAGCAAGUUAAAUUACAACAAUUGCAUAUUGUGCUAAUUCAAUGAGACUUGCUUUUGAGGAUGAAAAUCAUUAAAUUAUUAUAUGGUCAAUUGAAAAUAAAUAACGACUGGGGGAAUUAAAUUCCAAUGAAAACUAAAAUACUUAGCUUUUAUCUAUGAUAUUUUCUGGUAAUAGUAAGAUAUUGUUCUCAUAUCAUAACGACAAAAAAAUAAGAUAGUGGAAUAUAACUGAUAGAUUUGAGUUGAUUGGAUCAUAACAUCUGGAGAACAAUAAGAACUUGCAAUAUUCUCUAAAUUUGCAAUUACAUCCUCGUAAUGAUGAGGAAUUCAUGGUUAUAUGGGCUGAAAAAGUUGAGGAUUAGACGUAAUGCUAGAAUUAUAAAUUUUUUUAUUAGAUUGGCAAUGAUAUAGACGAAUUAUUUAAACCUAUUGUUGAUUUUAAGGAUUGGGACGAAAAGUUUUCAACUGCAUUUAAUAAAUCACAAAAUGUAAUUGCUCUAUAAAUUAAAAAAACACUUAAAUUAUAUGAUAUAUCUUAGAUAUAAAUCAGAGUAAUUGCAACUUUAGAGGGCAGUAAACUUGAAAAUUUAAUCUUUUCAUCUGAUGGGAAAAUUCUUUUAUCAUUAGGAACUGAUUUAACAAUAAGAUUGUACGAUAUUUCUGAUUACGGUUCAAUAAAAGUCAAAAUUAAUUUGGAGAAUCCAAUUCAAGCUUUGGCUAUGUAGUUUCUAAAUUCAUAAACAAUCAGAAUUUUUUGUAAAUCUGAUUAGAUAAUUCAGUAAAGUAUUUAAGAUUUUACGGAAAUAGGUGUUAUCAGAGAUGAAAAUUAACUUGAUUUUACAGCUGCAAAACAAUAAUUAGAUCUGUCCAAAUAUAGUGGAAAAGCUAAUAAUAGAACUUUGGAGAUUUUUGAUUCUCAAACAAAUUAAUUAUAAUAUACUUUGAAUAAGUUUAGUUCAAAAAUAAAUGCAAUCUCAUUCGUUCCAUCCUAAGAAUAAUUCAUACUUGGAAUGGAUGAUGGAUCGAUAUUGUUCUAUAAGAUCGAUUAAGAUACAAUAAAAAUUUAUGGCAUACCUAUUUGCUAUUACACUUUUGCCAAAAAUCCUCUUUUAACAGCUUAAAAUUGCAGUAUUAGACAAUCUACAUUUUAAACAGAUGAAAUUGAAAAUUUUUAAACAUUAUUAUGUGAGUAAGGAGCAAUAAAAGAAUGA